AGAACUUUCCACGGGCGGUCGUUGCCAUAGUGCUCUAUGCAGAUCCCGUGAAAUUUUUAAACUCUGUGUGUCCUCCUCGGUGUGUGGUGUCCCGUGUGAAGAAAAUCAACUCCAAAUCGCCGUGAGGCAGCUUGCUACGAUUUCGUCGGUGGAAUUUUCCCUGGGAAGUGAGAAGUUUGAAUCGAGCCACGCGAGAACCUAAACAGCAACAACAACAAAGCUCGCCGGACGAGGCAAGAGGCGUUUGGGUCGCUUUGGGCCCAAAGAAACUAUAAUUUUGAAAGAAAAAAAAUGGCGACCCCCGCCGGAUUUAAAACGUUGCUCGAAUGCCCGUACAACAAGGCCCACCGGGUCCAGGCGACGGCCAUGGCCCGCCAUCUGUUCAAGUGCCGCAAGAUGCACCCGAACAUGGAGUUUGCCACUUGUCCCUUUAACCAUGCCCACCGCGUGCCGGAACCGGAACUGAAGAUGCACACGGCCCAGUGCGAAGACAGGGCCAACUUUGAUAUGUACAAGUACUGUAUUACGACGGCGGCGGCAACGCACACUUCGACCGAGGCGCAAGAGCCGGAGCUUAUUUUCAACACGGAAGAUCCGAUCAAUGCCAGACCGGUCCAGGAAGACGAAGAAGAGUGUUGGGACGAUUUGCGCGUGCCGGCGUACAAUCCGGCCGAGUACUGCGAAAAGGCCAAAAUCAUCCGCAAGGCCACGCUGAUGACGCCGGCCGAGAAGCGGGCAUUCUAUGAGAAAGAAAACGAACGUCACAAGAUUUUGGACGUGAAGAUUAAGAGAGAGCAGGGCAUCGAAAGUGAUUCCGACUCGGAACGUCGUCGCCGGAAGCGGUCCCGGUCGCGUUCUCCGGUUCGUCCCAGCCGCCGGCGGUCUCCGUCCGAUUCGGGCCGUCGUCGUCGGUCGCGCUCAAACUCCCGCUUCCGGCGGUCCCCUUCACCGGUACGACCGCGUCGUCGUUCGCCAUCGAUUUCACCGCCCGCGGCUCGUGCGCGCAAUUCCCGCUCCAACUCGCGCAAAUCACGCUCCACAACUCCGGUGCGUGACCGCUUCCGGCAACGGUCGCGGUCCCGAUCCCGCUCGGCUGGACGCUUCCGGCGGCAUCGCCCUUCCUCGCGGUCGCGCUCUCGUUCGGCGGAACGGUUCCGCCGGCGUCGUCCCUCGCCGUUUGUCGAACGGCGCAGCCGUUACGAGGACUACAUUCGCGUCGACCGGGAGAAACUGGUCACGGAACGGGCCACGGCCGAGGCGCCUCGCUACGGCGCCCGGUACCAUCUGUACGACACGUACGACCGGCCCUCGGUUAGCUACGGCAGUGCCAGCAGCCGGUACGAUGCUUAUGCUCGCUUGAGAGACUCGUACCGGGACCGUCGUCCGGCGCGGCGGGACAGCGACGACGAACAGGUCUACCGACGCGAUUUUAGAGAUUAAGCAGCAUGGUGGCAGUUUAAUGUCACAUUUUUUUUAUGGAUCUAAGUUCAAAGUAUAUUCUUUUUGACCAACAUUUCAUACGAUUGUGUUACAAAUUUUAGCAUUUAGACGCGUCCCACAUUUUUUUUCGUUUAAUAAAGAGUAAGAUUAAAUACCC